UUAAAGCUUCACAAAUUACUCAUAUCUCUCUCUCUCUCUCUCUCUCUCUCUGAAACUUGAACGGAGAAGGAGAAGAAGAAGAAGAAGAAGAUGGGGAUAGUGCCAUGUCCCUUGACAUGUCACACAGACAACGAAUCUGAAUCAAACUCAAACCAGCAACAGCAGCAGCAGCUCCUCCACUCAGAGUCAUCAACCUCUCUCUCAUCCCAACCAAGUCUACCCUCCAUUCCUUCCCUCAACCCACAAGGCUCACAACGCCACCACCACCACCACUAUACUACUCCUCCCACUACCUACCACUGCAUCUCAACUCUCAAAGCCCACUCCUCCUACGUCUUCUCCCUCGCCCUCGCCGGCAAAUUCCUCUACAGCGGUUCCUCUGACCGUGAGAUCCGAUCCUGGCCUCGCCACCCUCUUUCCAACCCCAAUUCCUCCCCCUCCUCCUCCAACAACAUCGUCGCCGUUGGCAAGGGCGCCGUCAAGUCUCUCGUCAUUUCCGGCGACAAAUUAUUCAGCGCUCACCAGGAUCACAAGAUCCGCGUCUGGCGUAUCAAUAACAACAAUCAACACCUUAAUAAUUCCUCAUAUCACCAGAGCAUGUACAAGCUCAUAGCCACGCUUCCCACGCUCAGCGACCGUGUCCUGCGUCUCCUCCUUCCCAACAACCACGUUCAGGUGCGGCGCCACAAGAAAUGCACAUGGGUUCAUCACGUCGAUACCAUCUCUGCUCUUGCCCUUUCUCAUGACGGUUCCCUUCUCUACUCUGUUUCUUGGGAUCGAACCUUCAAACUCUGGCGAACCUCCGAUUUCAAAUGCCUCGAAUCGGUCAGUAACGCACACGAUGAUGCCAUCAAUGCCUUGGCCUUAUCCAACGAUGGCUACCUCUACACAGGCUCAGCUGAUACCAAAAUUAAGGUUUGGGGAAAGCUCUCUGAUCACAAAAAACAUUCCCUAGUAGCAACUCUUGAAAAACACAAAUCCGCCGUUAAUGCUUUGGCUCUUACUACUGAUGGGUCUGUGCUAUACUCCGGCGCCUGUGAUCGAUCCAUCGUUGUUUGGGAAAAGGACAGUAGUGCCGCCGCCACCGGAGGCGACGGAGGAGGGCAUAUGGUGGUGGUUGGGGCGCUGAGGGGACACACUAAGGCCAUUUUGUGCCUUUCUGUUGUGUCUGAUUUGGUAUGUAGUGGAUCGGCAGAUAAGACUGUGAGGAUUUGGAGGAGAAGUGUGGAGAAGAGUUACUAUUGUUUGGCAGUCUUGGAAGGACAUGGAGGACCUGUUAAGUGUCUUACUGCCGCCAUUGAUCGUUAUGAUUCCUUAACCACAAGCUCUGCUUAUACAACUUCUUAUUUGGUUUACAGUGGAAGUUUGGACUGUGAUAUCAAAGUCUGGCAGAUUUUGGUUCCUUCUCCAUAAGGCUCCUCUUCGUUUGUUUGGUUUCAAACUUCAACUUGCAAGUUUUUUCCAUUUAAUUAAUUAAAAUUUUUUUCUUCCUUUUUUCCUUGGUUACUCUUCAUUUUUUUUCCUUCCCGGUUGGUGACAUGUAAUUGUAAAUGAUGAGUAAGUAGAGCAUAGUAUAUGCUUUUUUGUUUU